AUGGACAGCCAAGUAGCUCGCCUCGUGGACAAGGCAUGGGACAAGUUCCAGCAACUCCCCGAUGGCCAACGGCUCUUAAUUGCCAUAGGCGGGAUCCCGGGCUCCGGUAAAACAACACUCUCCCAAAUCGUCACCACCGCCCUCAACGCCCGACAUGCAAGCCUGCAGCCCUCCGCAUCGGAGCCCGUGGCCGUCUUCGUGCCCAUGGACGGGUACCACCUGACACGUGCCCAGCUCUCCGCGAUGCCGGACCCGGCCCUCGCGCACGCGCGGCGCGGCGCCGAGUUCACCUUUGACGGCUCCGCCUUCCUCUCUCUCGUGCAGUCCCUGCGCAUCGCGCCACCCCCGCCAACACCGGUCUACGCGCCGAGCUUCGACCACGCCGUCAAGGACCCCAAGCCCGACGACAUCGCGAUCCUGCCGGCGCACCGCGUCGUCGUCUUCGAGGGCAACUACGUGGUGCUGGACAAGGCGCCGUGGCGCGAGGCGGCGGCGCUGAUGGACGAGCGGUGGUUCGUCGAGGUCGGGUUUGGGACGGCGAGGAGGAGGCUGGUGAGGAGGCAUGUGAAGGCGGGGAUUGCGAGGGAUGAGGGGGAGGCGGGGAAGAGGGCGGACGAGAAUGAUCUGGUGAAUGGGGAGGAGAUUGUGAGGAUGAGGGGGGAGGUUGAUGAGGUUGUUGUCAGUGAGGAGGAUGGGAAGUGGGUUCAUGAGUGA